AUUGCCAAAAUGAGUUGGGAUAGUUACAUCGAUAAUUUGAUUGGUCAUACUGCCGGUAACUGUGACAAAGCUUGUAUAAUCGGUUUAGAUGGAUCUAAAUGGACGACUGAUGGUCAUGAUAAAGCUUUGAAAAUACAAGCUAGUGAGGCAGCCACCAUUGGUCAAGCAAUGACGAGCAAGGAUUUUACACCUUUCCAAACAAGUGGGAUCCUUGUUGAAGGUAUUAAAUACCAGUUUCUCAGGGGAGAAGACACUUUAGUUUUAGGAAAGAAGAAAGACAAUGGGGCUAUUACUUUUCAAAGUAGUAAAAAGGCUAUAGUGAUAGGACACACGGCGGAGGGACAGCAACAAGGAAACACAAACAAAGGGGUGGGCGUAAUUGCAGAGUAUCUGGAAAGUCUAGGGAUGUAAAAUCUCUAAUAUAACACAACCUGUAUUCACGCACAAUAGCUGACUGGCUCAAUACAAAAUAGGCGAACACUACAUUGUAGCAUAUGAAUGUGCAAAACUGAUAUUUUGUUAUGAAUAGGAGACAUUUUCUAAGUGAUGGAGCUCAAUUCCAAAUCCCAAUCCCAUCCACCUGACAGACAUCAAUCCCAUCCAUCUGACGUGUAUAAAAAAUUAUUAAAGUCUGCAAACCUUAUUUCAAUAUAUACUGCUAAUUAUUCUUAGUAACUGGAUUUAUGUAAUAAAGAACAUUUGUUUACGAAAUCAGAUUUUAUGAUUAUGUAGUUAAGGGAUGUAGCAUUGAAUCCUAUUUAAGAGGUCUCAAUAAUUAAUAAUUAGACUUCAAUAU